AUGACCGAAAAGCGAGAACCAACUCUUAUUCAGUAUCCUAUCGGAACCAUGACAGAAGAGGUAGUUGUGAUCCCCGGUUACGAUCCCGAGCUACAUUUUGAAGAGACAGAGGUCAAGAAGGCACGGCUCAAGGUCGACCUGUGCAUUCUCCCGUUCAUCGUACUUUGCUUCUGCUUCCUCCAGUUUGACCGUACCAACAUUGGUAAUGCCCUGACGGACACGCUCCGUGAUGAUAUACACGUGGACAAUGCGCAGAUCAACCUCUCGCAGACCCUAUUCACCGUCGGGUUCAUCGUGACAGAGCUGCCUUUCAACCUGAUUAGCAGAUACAUGGGUCCUGAGCGCUUCCUCCCCAUCACCAUGUUCCUCUGGGGCACUGUCGUAUGGUGCCAGGUAUGGCUGAAGAACGGGGCUGGGCUCUGCGCUGCCCGCUUCUUCAUAGGUGCGCUCGAGGGGGGUUAUAUCCCUGGUUUCGCCCUGUACAUUUCGAAGUACUAUACGAACCAAGAGCUUGGGUUGAGAUAUGCCAUCUUUUGGGCCUCUAACAACGUCGCCGGUGCACUCGGAGGCCCGCUAUCCAUAGGGCUCCUAUCCCUCAGGGGGCGCGGAGGUCUCGCCGGAUGGCAGUGGCUCUUCCUCGUCGAGGGUGUCUUGACUUGCUUCCUCGGCAUCGUGGCAUACCUUUACCUCCCUCACAGUGCGGUCCAGCCCAAGAAGGUUAUGGGAGCAUCAUUCCCUCUGUUUACGCCGAGGGAAGGAUCCAUACUUGUGACGCGCGUCAUGCGCAAUGAUCCAACAAAGGCUCUUCAGUAUGGCAAGCCCGUUCUGCCCAGGCACAUAGUCGAGACCUUUGCCGACUGGCGACUGUACGGUCACCUCGUUGCUGCACUAUUGUCCAUGGUUAUGAUCACGCCCGUCAACACAUAUGCGCCAUCCAUCAUCAAGUCUCUGGGUUUCAAUGGUCUGCAGGCCAACGGGCUCAACUCGGUCGGUAGCGUUUGCGCUCUCAUAUGGUCCAUCUCGGUGGCCUUUAGCAGUGACAGGUUUGGCGAACGUGGUCUUCACAUUGCAGUCGCAUACCUCUGGGGUGCUAUCGGACUUCUAUGGUUGGCUCUCACACCUGACAGUGCAGGGAACAAAGUAAUCUAUGGUGGCGUUGUCUGGACACAGAUGGGUAUGGGCUCCGGCCAGGCCAUCAGUGGUGCCUGGCUCACGGCCAAGAUGGAGGACCAUAAACGACCCGUGGCCCUUGCUGCAUAUGUCGUCAGCUUGCAGCUGGCAAACUUCCCUGGGAGCCAGCUGUUUGAAGACAGUGAUGCUCCGAGAUAUACCCAUGGAUUCAUUGUUGCUGCCGCGUGCACCAUCGCCGCCGCAGUCGUGAUUCUCGUCUGGAAGGUUCUUUAUCGCAUAUACGACAAUGGCGACACCGGCGUUAAAUCAGACUUGGCGGAAAUGAACUUGCGAAGGAACACGGACGUCAAA